AUGGUGCGUGCGUGCGCGAUCUCGGGACUGCGGCGGCGCGCACGGGCGCGCCUCCGCGUCCAGCCCCCUGCAGUGGACGAUGCCGCCGAGAAAGCGGCGGCGGCGGCGCGCUCCGGCGGUCUGAAGCGGCGUCCGGCUGCCACGGGCCGGCGGCGCGAUGAGCUGGGCCGGCCGCCCCCGGGCCGCGGCUGGGGCCGCUUCCCCGGGACCCGCGGCCUCAGGGCCCCGCCGCCGCCGCUGCUGCUUCUGCUCGCGCUGCUGCCUCUGCUAUCCGCGCCCGACGCCGCUGCCGCCCCGGCCCAGCGGCCUCCCGUACUGUCGCCCGCGGCGGCGGGGCCCAGCGUGAGCCUCUACCUGAGCGAGGACGAGGUGCGCCGGCUCAUCGGUCUUGAUGCAGAACUUUAUUAUGUGAGAAAUGACCUUAUUAGUCACUAUGCUCUAUCCUUUAACCUGUUAGUACCCAGUGAGACAAAUUUCCUGCACUUCACUUGGCAUGCAAAGUCCAAGGUUGAAUAUAAGCUGGGAUUCCAAGUAGAUAAUUUUAUGGCUAUGGAUAUGCCCCAGGUCAACAUUUCUGCUCAGGGGGAAGUUCCACGCACUUUAUCAGUGUUUCGGGUCGAGCUUUCCUGUACUGGCAAAGUAGAUUCUGAGGUUAUGAUACUAAUGCAGCUCAACUUGACAGUAAAUUCUUCAAAAAACUUUACAGUCUUAAACUUCAAACGAAGGAAAAUGUGCUACAAAAAACUUGAAGAAGUAAAAACUUCAGCCUUGGACAAAAACACUAGCAGAACUAUUUAUGAUCCUGUACACGCAGCUCCAACUACUUCUACACGUGUGUUUUAUAUCAGCGUGGGGGUUUGCUGUGCAGUAAUAUUUCUUGUAGCAAUAAUAUUAGCUGUUUUGCACCUUCAUAGUAUGAAAAGAAUUGAACUGGAUGACAGCAUCAGUGCCAGCAGUAGUUCCCAAGGGCUGUCUCAGCCAUCUACCCAGACGACUCAGUAUCUGAGAGCCGACACACCCAACAAUGCAACUCCUAUCACCAGUUAUCCUACCUUGCGGAUAGAGAAGAAUGACCUGAGAAGUGUCACUCUUUUGGAGGCCAAAGCUAAGGUCAAGGAUAUAGCAAUAUCCAGGGAGAGGAUAACUUUAAAAGAUGUACUCCAAGAAGGUACUUUUGGGCGUAUUUUCCAUGGGAUUUUAGUAGAUGAAAAAGAUCCAAAUAAAGAAAAACAAGCAUUUGUAAAAACAGUUAAAGAUCAAGCUUCUGAAAUUCAGGUGACAAUGAUGCUCACUGAGAGUUGUAAGCUACGAGGUCUUCAUCACAGAAAUCUUCUUCCUAUUACGCAUGUGUGUAUAGAAGAAGGAGAAAAGCCCAUGGUGGUACUGCCUUACAUGAAUUGGGGGAAUCUUAAGUUGUUUUUACGGCAGUGCAAAUUAGUAGAGGCCAAUAAUCCACAGGCAAUUUCUCAACAAGACCUGGUACACAUGGCUAUUCAGAUUGCCUGUGGAAUGAGCUAUCUGGCCAGAAGGGAAGUUAUCCACAAAGACCUGGCUGCUAGGAACUGUGUCAUUGAUGACACACUCCAAGUUAAGAUCACAGACAAUGCUCUCUCCAGAGACUUGUUCCCCAUGGACUAUCACUGUCUGGGGGACAAUGAAAACAGGCCAGUUCGGUGGAUGGCUCUGGAAAGUCUGGUUAAUAAUGAGUUCUCCAGUGCAAGUGAUGUGUGGGCCUUUGGAGUGACGCUGUGGGAGCUCAUGACUCUGGGCCAGACACCCUAUGUGGACAUUGAUCCCUUUGAGAUGGCUGCAUACCUGAAAGAUGGUUACCGAAUAGCCCAGCCAAUCAACUGUCCUGAUGAGCUAUUUGCUGUGAUGGCUUGUUGCUGGGCGUUAGACCCGGAGGAGAGGCCCAAGUUCCAGCAGCUGGUACAGUGUCUCACGGAGUUCCACGCAGCCCUGGGGGCCUAUGUGUGACUCUCCUCUCACAGUCCCAUGGCAUCAGGAGCAUGGUGCCUGUUGGGGCUCCCUUGGAACCAGUCAUAGACGCUUCGUACAUCACGCAACACCAGCAGAAGCACAUAUGUCUUCCGGAACACCGUGCCUUAAGAAUGCUUUAGAAUCUGAACUUUUAAAGACAGAUUUAAUAAUGUGGAAUAUUUUCUAGAUACCAUUUUUAUUAGGUUGAACUGAAAAGGUUUUUGUAAAUUCUUUGGCCCAAAAUUUUUUAAAACAUAGUUACUUUGGACUAGGGGUACAUUCUUACAAAAUAAAUAAACAGUUUUAAAAAUUGUUUAAACACA